AUGUUCAAAAAAAAUCUUUUCAUUUAUAUAGUGGUGGGAGUAAUUUUUGCUUUGUCCUUCGUUUUCGCUGAAGAAGAAUCGGAUGUGAUUACCUUAAAAAAAGACGAUUUCGACAGUAUUGUUAAUCCGGAAAAAUUGAUUCUUGUAGAAUUUUUUGCACCAUGGUGUGGACACUGCAAAGCGCUUGCACCUGAGUACGAGACAGCAGCUACCUCCCUAAAAGCUGACAAUAUUAAGCUUGCCAAAGUUGACUGUACAAUUGAAUCAGAGCUUUGCACAGAACACGGUGUUAAAGGAUAUCCUACUUUGAAAAUUUUCAAAGAAGGCAAAUCAUCAGAAUACACCGGCGGCAGAAAAGCUGAUCUCAUUAUAAGUUACAUGAAAAAACAAUCGCUACCAGCUGUUUCGGACGUCAAUGUUGAUAAUCUUGAUACCUUUAAAGAUUCAGAUGAUGUU